GUUUAAUGAUUAAGAUUUUCAGAGUUUCAUGUCUCCACAGCUGAGUGUAAAUGCAUCGGAGCUCCACUGCAACUGUAUCCGCAGCUCCGCCGCCCACCAGUCAGUCAGUCAGUCAGUCAGUCCCCGCGUCUGGACGUCGACGGCAGCGGUCUGCGCGUGUUUUUCUCCGUGUUUCGGGCGCAGGUCUGGGCGAGAGCUCCGAAAGGAAAGUGUUAGUGUCGGACUGGAGCGCUAUUUCCACGUCUAAAUUUACAGCUGAUCUUCAUGGGCAAGGUUUGGAGGCAGAUGUACCCCCAAUAUACCUACUACUACCCCCCUUACCUGCAAGCCAAGCCCCCUGUUGGCCACGCCUCCCACCCGAUGGCUCCGCCCAGUCCUGGAACCAACAGCAGCACCAAUCACAGCAGCAGCAGCAGCACUGCCGGCUGGGAUCAGCUCAGCAAAACGAACCUGUACAUCCGUGGGUUGCCCCCGACGACCACUGACCAUGACCUGGUCAAACUCUGCCAGCCAUAUGGAAAAAUUGUUUCAACAAAGGCCAUCUUAGACAAAACCACAAACAAAUGCAAAGGGUAUGGCUUUGUGGAUUUUGACAGCCCGGCUGCUGCUCAGAAAGCCGUCAGCGCUCUGAAGAGCAGUGGAGUUCAAGCGCAGAUGGCAAAGCAACAGGAACAGGACCCCACUAAUCUUUACAUCUCUAACCUCCCUCUGACUAUGGAUGAGCAGGAGUUAGAGAGCAUGCUGAAGCCCUUCGGACAUGUAGUCUCCACACGUGUCCUGCGCGAUGCCAACGGGGCCAGCCGAGGGGUCGGAUUUGCAAGGAUGGAGUCAACAGAGAAAUGUGAAGCCGUCAUCUCACACUUCAAUGGCAAAUUUCUGAAAACACCAGCCGGAGUUAUGGCUCCUUCAGAGCCCUUGCUGUGCAAGUUUGCAGAUGGAGGACAGAAGAAGAGACCGAGUCAAAAUAAAUAUAUGCAGAAUGGACGAGGCUGGACCAGAGACGGGGAGACCAGACUUGCUGGAAUGACCCUCACAUAUGACCCCACAACAGCUGCUAUGCAAAAUGGAUUCUAUCCGACCACCUACAGUAUUACAAACAGAAUGAUCUCACAGACCCCCAUAUCUCAAUACCUCUCACCAAUGAACACAUACCAGGUACAGAAUCCAUCCUGGGUCACCCAUCAGCCCUACAUCAUGCAGCAUCCAGGAGCGGUGAUAUCACCCUCUAUAGAUCACAUGUCCAUGCAGCCCACGUCUAUGAUGAGUCCUCUAACCCAGCAGAUGAGUCACCUCUCAAUGGGCAGUCCGGGAACUUUUAUGACAGCCAGCCCAGCUCUGCAGGGUCCGUACAUCCCUUCAUACACUCAUAUGCAGACCAAUGCAGUCUCCGUAGAGGAGAACAGUCCACAGAUGGACAGACCUCUGAUGGAAUCGUCCAGUGAUUCACCCUACACCUAUCAACAGGCCAAGUGAUGAAGAGGGUUCUUCGGGGUCAAGAGCAAGUCAGGCAACUGCUAAAUCAACAACAGCUUUCUGAAGGGCCGGCUCUACCGAUGAGUCCACAUUUGCACAGGUUCUUCAAUGAGUUCCUCGGUUUUGUAAUUAAACAACUUCAACUAUUUUGGUAUAAGUUCCACUAGGUGCAAAUAAAGGAUUCAUCAAAGGAUGCUAACUCUCAAAGAAGACAAAAAAAAAGUUUUAUUUUAAUAAGGAAAAAAUGCUUAUUUUUUAUCAAGAAUUGUCACAUAGAUGCAGGAAUUUUGUGCAGAGAUGUCCUUUUGUUUUUAUUUUUAUGAUUUCAGAUGUGUUCUCUUUUCUCUUCUCUUUUGUACUUCAAUAUGCUUUUGUUUUUAGAGAUUUAUCAUCCUGAGAAAGAUGCGUUUGUGUUUGCCGUGUGAGUGUUGUUGGUGACGUGUUCUGUGGUGUGCUACAUCGUGUCGGUCUGAUCGAUCUGUCUGUAUGUCUUCUACGAUUUGCCUUAAAUUGUCCCCGUACAGUAGCUGAAGGAUAUCGCAGAGAUGAUGCCAGCUACUGCUUUGUAAAUCAGCUUGAAUAGGGCUUUUCUAGCAUCUAGCAAACUCUCACUAUGCUUGAAUUUUCCUGUGUUUAGCUUUUUCUCUUGGAGCUUUAAGAGUACAAACUUUUGAGUGGUUAAAAUGGAGUUUUAAUAGGAUUUAAUGUCUUUAUAAUCAAAGGGAACAAUCCUUUGGUUGUUUGAAUGUGGUAGAAAUUCUGCUGAAUGAUCACAUUUUUGAUCAUUGCCUUUUGGUUUGGUUUUGAAAUCUUGGUGUUGUUGUGUAGCUUUAGAUGAACUCGUGUGGGUGGGGGAAGUGCUUUGACAUCUAGUCCAGUUUUGGGGGAGGGGACGGGGACGGGGGGGGGCGCCUGUCAGUCAAGCCGAAUAUCAUUUGUCAUAUUCGUUCGAAUGCAGGCAAACGUUCCGAAUAAACCUUCCAUGACAACGUUCAACAGAAAUUCGGUGGGGGGUUUUCAGGAGGCAAACAAAACUCGGCACUUUCAAGUUUAUUUCACCAAAGACAUUCAGCGAGCGAAUCGUGCAGAGUAAGGAUGUAACGUCAUUUGCUCUCAAGGCAGGCCAUGCGGAGACUUUUUAACACACUUGGGGGCAGUUAUUAAAUGCAAGUUCUUUGUGACAUGACAAGGCAUAUAAAAAGCGUGGCUCCCCUUUGCAAGAUGCUGAAAAACAACGAUGUCUGUCUAGAGCAUGUUGAGUUGGAAAAACAGCACGAGUGGACGUAAAAAUGCUUUGGUGUGAACGGCCCCUUAGAUUGCAGUUUGAAGAUUGUGCCUUCUUUGUACAUAAGCAUUCAGCCGUCUUUAGUUGUUAAGGUGUGGGACAACAGUAGCAUGAAGGACUAUUUGGAUCCAGCAAGUGCCACAAACUAAAACAACAUCACUACAGAGCGGAGAUAGCUGAAACAAAACAGAAAGAGGACAGGUUGAAAGCAUGGCUCUGUUCCCAAAACCUAGUGAGCUGCCUUGCUGUCUACUGCAUACAUAGGCAGCUGCCUAUGAAGGCAGUAUCCUAACUAAAGCGGUGACCGGACUUAAGUGACACAUUUGCAAUGCUUUACUUUGGUGGCAACUUUUCCGCAUUAUCGUGCAGCAUGGGAAUGCGCCAAUGUAGUCAGCUCACUAGAUUUUUGAACACCGCUUUUGUAAUUAUAAGCGCAUAAGUUAGCAAAAACAAUGCACGACAGGAAAAUGUUUUCGUUAUUUUCUUUUGAAAAUCACAAUACACUUUUAGCAAGUCUUUAUUGAUUAAGUUGUCUUCCGAAAGACUGUGGUUUUUGACCUGGUGGGUCUAGUUGACCGGUUAUCUACCUCAAGAGUUUUGUUCUCCUCUGUUUUGAUUGGUCGGGCUAUAGCAGAUUCAGCCCGUCCCUCCAGACCAAACGGGUGGCUCAGGAGCUGUCCAAAAACACUUGAUUUCUUUCAGGUUGUUUUUUUUUAAUACAUCAUCAUCAUCAUUUUUCUUCAAAGAAUUUUUUUAAUUUGUUUUUAGUAUUGUUAUCAUUAUGAGGAAAGUUGAACGUGUCGUUUAGCAUUCAGAUUCAUCGUUUCAAAGCAAAAACUUCUGCUUUUUCGGUCAUUGUCCAUUACAUGUGUCCUAACUAGGCGACGCAAUAUUACACCAAGAGAUAUAAGCUGUGUCUUCCAUCUAAAUCUUUAGUAUUUGAUUUGAUCUGCGACAUCUGGACGUUUUGUUUAUCGAUGAUUUCCCAGAGUUUCCCUACCCACCGUAAAAUCCCACUGGUCCUAAUCAGUGUUGGGUAGGUCAUUAAAAAAGUCAUCCACUUCAAAUGACUUCUCUAACAUCAAUUCCCUAAAAUCGCAUUAUUGAUAAGCUAUUGAAGAAAGUAAAACAUCACCAAAUAUUUUACUUUUAAGUUACUUUCUAAAACACGUUCAGCAAACGUUGUUCGUUCGUGGUCGUGCACCCCUAAUUCAGGUUUUAAAUGUAUUAUACAUAUUAUUUUAGAAAUACGUGUAACCCAGGUAAUGUACUCAAAAGUAACCUUAAUUGAAAGUCAGUAACUGUACAUUGCAAGAAUGUAUAAUGUAAUGUGUUACACUACUUUUCGACUUAAAAUGAAUUGGGCUACACUAAUGAAUUACUUUGCAAUCAGUUUAAACCCCAAAAUGAUCCAAAGUACCGCCCCACAUAAUUGUAAAUGAUCAUGCUUCUUUUGAUUGGCUGUGAUAUUUUGUGAUAUAGAUGUGCAAAAUUACAUACAGUAAGUCAGUUAACCUGACCCCAAUCGGACACGUUUUUAAGGCUCUGGUAUACUUCGUUUUUCCGCGUGCCGUUUCGUCUCGCGCAUGGUCGAGCACUCAGACUUUCAAAGUGUGCCUUUUUGAACGUGAACCCAUGUGGAUGCGUUUGAUGCGUGCGCACUACAACUGCUUUGUGUAUUCUUAUAGCACAGUCAACGGCAGCCGCGUACGCAAAUACGCAGACAUUGCACGCUGUCUGAUGAUGAAACGACGGUGAUUACAUUUGCGGUGAGUAUAAUUCGGCCUUUAAUGAGCAUAAGACACGUUUUGCAAAAACAGCUAGUUGGAGUGCAACUGAAUGCAUGAUGCAAGAUGACUUGACUUGGCAUCUUAUAAACAAAACACUCAAAAAAACGCCUGUUUGAAUGUGUAUGGCUGUCGCCGCUAGGGACGUAUUUUUUCUGAGAGGGCUUUACCUAGCAAACAGUCAAACGGCUAAAGCACAGGUGAUAAAAAAUAUCAAAACUAAGAAAUAAUUGAGACGUGACUUUUACGUGACUAGUUUCGCAGACAGUGUGGAUUGCCCGUCGCUGUAAACUUGUCACGCCUGGUUAGGACACGGUGUCAGGAAAGAAAGCGCAAGAGAGAAUGAGAGUGCUAGAAAGUUGAAAGUUGGAUUUCCAUCGAUGUGUCGUUCACUCCCAAGACAUCACUGGUUUUUCGGGCGUCGUCCAGACAGACUUAGCAGCGUAAUCCGCCGUGCUCGGCUCAUCGAGUCGCUGAGUGCAUUAAUGAAGUGUGUGUGUGUGUGUGUUUGUAUGUCUGUGGUACCGAAUGAAAGUUACUGUGGAGUUCUUGUGUGGGUCAUGCUGCUAGUAACAUCAGAAUCCGAAGUGCCAAUCUGCAUCCGGGUCAGAAGAGAUGGACAGGUGUGUGUGUGUGUGUGUGUGUGUGUGUGUGUGUGUGUGUGUGUGUGUGUGUGUGUGUGUGUGCAGAGAGA